AUGGCAUCAAAAUCAGCAGUAAAACCAAUUUCAGAUUUAAUGAAAACUCAUUUAAAAAGAAAAGUUUUCAAAAAUAUCCCACAUAACCUUUUAACACAAUUUUCAGAUAAAACAAUUAAAAAUUUACCAGAAGGUUUUAUUAAAGAAUUACCAACCGCACCAGCUGGUGUUAUUAAAGUUACCCUUACUAAAAGUCCAAAUCAUUGCGAACAAGAUGUCAAAGGUACAAUCAAGGCCUUAGGUUUACAAAAAAUGCAUCAUUAUAUUUUCCAUAAAAAUACACCAGAAAUUAGAGGCAUGAUUCAUAAAGCAAGAGUUUUUAUUAGAGUAGACGAAAUCCCAAUCAACAAUUAA